CAAGCGCUUGUAAAUAUGCACAAUUAAACGCGUGCUUCAAAUUUUUCUCUUUUCUUUUCUCUCUGCCGAAUUCUGCCAAAUUCGCGUCUCGCAUCUUUGCCGUUAUGUCGCGCGGUCCCGUGUUCUCGCGUUGCGGCCACUGACACGAACGAUCACGUCGAUCAAAUGUUUCGAAGAUAGCCAUUUUGGCGGGUGACGUGUUUGUGCGUACCCGCUCUCGUCAGCCAUAACACAAUCACCUACGUCGAGAGAAACAGUGAGAGAAAGAGAGAGUGAGGGAGAGACGUAGAAAGAGAGAGAGGAGAGUGUGUGUGUGUGAAGGGAGUGGGGAGAGAGAUCGCGUGUUCCACGAGGACGCGUGUCGCGAUUGCACUCGGUAUAAUUUUAAUCGUUUGCACAUCGCGGGAGGAGAGACGCGCGGCGGAUGCGACGGCGAGGAAGCAUGACCGGCGUCCGUACCGCCGGACGGUAAACAUUGCAUUCGCCGCGACCGCGACGUACGAUUUGCCGCUGCACUAGGGGGGGCAAUGCACCAUGGGAACAAUUUACGACAGGCGCAUGCGCAAAUCAGUUUACAGUUGGAGCCUGAAAGAAAAUGGCGUCUGCUAAGUUUCUGGAGGAAGCUCUUAGCACUGAUGUCGACGAAUCUGCAGUGAACGCGAUAGUAGGCUCCCUCGAGACGCAGCUGGUGACGUCGACGCCGACUGUGGCCGGACAUCAGGCGAGUUCCGCGUCGGUCAGCCAGCAGAAUCAUCAGGUAAACAGCGCUAUUUCCAACGGGGGUACAAUCACCACGGUGCAGUCACAGAAGCAUGGGGUUUCGAACGGCGGCGGUGCUACCACGGUGAACAGCCUGAUGACUCAGGAAGUUGCCAAGUCCAUCACCACCAGCACUUUGCUGCCGGUGAACGUGGUUACUUCGAACGCAGUGGCGCCACAGGUCAUCACCACACAGCAGCAGCAACAGCAACAGCAGCAGCAACAGCAACCGCAGCAGCAGCAACAGCAACAGCAACAGCCGCAAGCACAGCAAACACAGCAGCAACAACACACGCAAGCAUCGGGGAUAUCCGCGUAUAUCAAUCAAGUAACCACGAACCAAGUGUCCAGCAAUCAGACGACACAUAUACCGAGCCUGACGAAAUCGCAUGAACCAGUAAAGAUCAUUUAUCCCGCCGUUGGCCAAGUUAUCGCCACCACAGGCGUCGCGAAUGCGAACAACAAGCUCACCUUUCCCGCCCAAACUGUUGGCCAGUUAGCGAACGGCACUCUGGGCAUUACCUCGCCGGCGGUGUUACAGACCACGUCGAAUGCCGUGUCCACUGUAGGCUCUGUCAGUCAAACGGGCAGUCAAACGGUUACCGGCGUGAACAAGCCGACGGGCACGACUCUAGUGAUCAAGACCAGUGUGGCACCAGCAGGCAUGGUUUCCGUUCCCAUGACUGUACCAGUCUCUGGCAAUGCUGUGAGCACUGCAUUACAGGCCAAGGCUGGAGUUACCUCUACGAUAGUACCCAGCAAUGUUCAAAUUCUCAAUGUAAAUACUAUGCGGCCUGCCACACCAGUGGCAGGGCAGCAAGCCAAUAAGCAAGUCACUUCUAGAGUGGUGAUAGGGCAACCCAUGGUUGGCACAAGAUCAGGACCUCAAGGGAUAACGUUCCAGGCACUUCAUGGCCUUCAACCUGGAACUCAGGGUCAUCUCUUGUUAAAAACAGAGAACGGACAAUUUCAGCUAUUGAGGGUGGGACCAGCACCACCUCCCGGUACUCCCACUGGUACUGCGGUUACACCCAAUAGUAUAGCUGGAAAUGCAGUAGUUGCUGCACCAUCUCCAGGCACUACCUAUCGCCUAGCUUCAGUGCCGGCUGUAAGUAGGCUGAAUACUCAGUUCACUGGCCCACCACUCGCCACCCUAAGAAAAUCUGUUCAGACAGUUGCUGCUACUAUUACUACAUCUACUACAACCCCAACAACAGUAACCACAGCAGCUACAACUACUACUGCACAAACGGUUACCCCCGUUCAAACGGUUCAAACAUCUGCAUCACGUCCGAAUCCUGAAAAUACCAAAGAAAAGUGCCGUAAAUUCUUAGCGAACCUAUUAGAGUUGUCUAGUCGAGAGCCUAAAGCAGUGGAACGUAAUGUCCGAACUUUAAUACAAGAGCUGAUCGACACUAAAGUCGAACCGGAAGAGUUCUGUGACAGGCUUGAGAAAUUAUUGAACGCUUCGCCACAACCAUGUCUCAUCGGAUUUUUAAAGAAGAGUCUGCCGCUUCUACGGCAAUCUCUUGUUACAAAAGAAUUGGUGAUAGAAGGAAUCAAACCUCCACCAGCCAAUGUUGUCUUCUCUAUAGCUUCAACCGUUCCAACAAUUACGCAGCAAAAUCAAUUCAGACCAACGGUAGCUGUGACAACGACAGUUCCAAUCACUACGACGGCGACUGCGACAACUCAAGUACGAGUAAUGACACCGCUUCCAGCAGCGGCUGUGGCGGUAGCGGCAGCAGCACCAACGCCGGCACCAGCACCAACGCCAGUACCAGCACCGGCGCCAGCACAAGUAACGGUAGCAGCAGUAACAGCAGCAACGGUAGUUACAACGACUGUACCACGGCCUGCUCAACCUGUCCAACAAAGGCUGGUGCGACCAGUAACCACGGUGGUUCGUAGCCCUACCACAGCGUACACUGUAAAAUCGACAGUGGCGGUUACCGGGAUUCGUCCUACUGCUCCUGUUGUUCAAAAACCACCCAUCAUGACCACAGUUGUGAAAACAAUCGCAACUACCACGCAAGGCAAGACAGUCAAUACAACUACCACUGUUAAUAAAGCCGUAGUGCCUUCUCUCGUUCAAAAACCGGCUGCAAAGGAGAAAGAGAAAAAGUCAUUUUCAUCAGCAGGAUAUACGGCGGACGACGAUAUAAAUGAUGUAGCGGCUAUGGGUGGUGUUAAUCUUGCGGAAGAAUCUCAAAGAAUACUCGGUUCUACAGAGUUUGUUGGUACUCAGAUACGAUCCUGUAAAGAUGAAGUAUUUUUGCACAUUACUCCGUUACAGCAAAGAAUUAAACAAAUCACAUCCAACUACGGACUGGAGGAACCCAGUCAAGAAGUGGCAGCGUUAAUCUCACACGCUGCUCAGGAGAGGUUAAAAAAUUUAGUGGAAAAAUUAGCGCUAAUUGCGGAGCAUAGGAUAGAUCUCAUUAAGGUUGAUCCCAGAUAUGAGGUAACGCAAGACGUAAGAGCGCAACUAAAAUUUCUGGAAGAUCUAGAUAGGGUUGAGCGUAGGCGACACGAAGAGCAAGAACGAGAAUUGCUUUUGCGUGCUGCGAAGAGUCGUGCAAAAACGGAAGAUCCCGAGCAAGCCAAAUUGAAGGCGAAGGCCAAAGAGAUGCAACGUGCAGAGAUGGAGGAACUGAGGCAAAGAGAAGCGAAUCUAACAGCCUUACAAGCAAUCGGCCCUCGCAAGAAGCCUAGACUCGAUAUAGCGGGCACGACCAAUAGUUCGGGAAGCACCACCGCGAACGCAUCACACAGCGGACCGAACAGGCAAAUAUCGAUGAGACCGCGUUUUAAGAGAGUGAACAUUAGAGAUUUGAUGUUUCUACUGGAGCAGGAAAAAGAAACGUGUAGAAGCACCAUGCUAUAUAAGUCAUACUUGAAGUGAUGCCCUGUGAAGGGCAGGAACUUCAGUGACCCGCCCGAUAUUUGGCGUCCUUCCUGUAUGGUUUUACGUGAGCUGGUCUCGACAGGACUUGAUGGAACUCAUCAUGCGACAUUAUCAUCUUACAUUGUCGUAGUGUACAGUGUUUUAUAAGUCCGGGGAUUGCGAUGAGAAACUCAAUUUUGGUGGGGGGAGGGGGUACGGUGAAGUCGGGAGAGGAAGCGCGGACUCGGAAUUCAAAAUGAGAGAUCGUUUUCACCGUGUCGAUACUAAGCUUCCCUACUAUAAAUGACUGAACAUUUUUUAAAUGUAAUAUAAUAAUAUAAUAAAUCGUUCUUUAUUUUUCAACAUGAAAUCGCAUUAAUGAGAGCAGGAGUGAAAGAUAAAGAGAAAGAGAGUGUGAGAGGGAGGGAGAGAAAGAGCGAAAGAGA